AUGGAAGGGAUCCAGCCCCAAGAGGGGUCAGUGGAUAAGGCACCGAAGCAGAGGUUCCUGAGGUCCAAGUUUUUGCUGUUCUCCCUCAUUCAGGGCCUGGGGCUGCUCCUAUUUCUUCUCUAUGUCUACCUGCACUUCUCUGCCUCCCAGAGGUCAUCUCAGAAUUCAUCAGUUCAGAGUAUAAAAGUCCAGUUUACCAGGUGUGAGGAUGAGAAAGGCUUCAUCAUCACCCCCUCAAUUAACAGCUCUAUAAAGUUGGAGAACAACUCCAUCGUCAUCAACUGUGACGGCUUCUACCUCAUCUCUCUGAAGGGCUACUUCUCCCAGAAGCUCAGCCUAGCUCUCCUCUACCGCCAGGAGCAAGAACCCCUCUUCUACAGUGAAGUUUCCUCUGUCAAUUUCCUCACAGUGGCCUGGCUGGCUUACAAGGACAGAGUUUUCUUAAAUGUGACCACUGACAGCACCUCCUGCAAAGACAUCCAGGUGAACGGUGGCGAACUGAUUCUCAUUCACCAAAACCCUGGUGAAUACUGUGCCAACUAA